AUGGCAACUCUCCUCAGCUCCUUGUCCAGGCCAUCAGACUCGACUGCAAUCAUUGUACCAUCUCAAAAGACGCCAAUAAUUCUAUCUCAUGAUCAGGUCGUUGAGCAAGUAAUGAACUUUCAGAAGAAAUUAGCCUCUAUAGGAAUCUCACCAAGAGAAGCCGUUGCAAUUGCUUUCCCCAACACCAUCGAAUUUGCUGUCGCUUUUCUAGCGACUACUUUUCAACGAGCAAUUUCUGCCCCCCUCAAUCCAGCAUACAAACAAGAAGAAUUCGAAUUCUAUCUUGAAGAUUUGAAAACGACAGUGAUUCUGCUUCCAAAGGGAGCAGUCGCCGAGAAUGGUGAAGCUGUGAGAGCAGCACGAAAAUGCGGGACUGCAAUUGCGGAAAUCUUUUGGGAUGGGGGAGAGAUCACUCUUGAUGUUAUAGAUUCAGGGAGUUUGAGACACAGGAAUGAAGUGAAAGUUGAAGAGCCAAGUGAGGACGAUGUAGCACUCAUUCUUCACACUAGUGGCACAACCGGGAGGCCCAAAGCAGUACCCUUGAGCCAUAAGAACCUUUGCCGAACAACCAAGAACAUCACAGUGACAUACAACUUGACGCCAGCGGAUCGCACGCUCCUGGUCAUGCCACUUUUCCAUGUCCAUGGCCUUCUCGCGGGGUUUUUGUCCUCUCUGGCGAGCGGAGGAUCUCUAAUUAUGCCCCCGAGAUUCUCUGCUUCGGAAUUCUGGGGAGACUUCGUGACUCACGAGGCGAAUUGGUACACUGCCGUCCCUACAAUGCAUCAAAUCCUCUUAAGAGGCGAGUUCCCUUCCCCAAUGCCGACCAUUCGAUUCGUGCGCUCCUGCUCAUCACCGCUCUCACCGACUGUCCACAGACAGCUAGAAACUGUCCUCAACGCCCUAGUGUUGGAAGCAUAUGCCAUGACCGAAGCUGCACAUCAAAUGACAUCCAACCCUCUCCCACCGGCGAAGCACAAACCGGGAUCAGUCGGCGUUGCGCAGGGCCUUGAGCUCCAGAUCAUGGAUGAUGAAGGGAAACACUUACCACAAGGGAAAAUUGGGGAAGUCUGCAUUCUGGGUGCCAAUGUUACUUCUGGAUAUUUGGGAGAUCCAAAGGUCGUCGCUUCCCCAUUCACAAGAUCUGGGUAUCUCCGUACCGGCGACCAAGGAUAUCUCGAUGAAGAAGGAUAUCUGUUCCUCACUGGUCGUUUAAAGGAGCUGAUAAACAAAGGUGGAGAGAAGAUAAGUCCCAUCGAAAUAGACAAUCUGUUGGCUCAGCAUCCCAAAAUUCUGGAAGCUGUAAGCUUCGCAAUUGACGACGAUUUGUAUGGCCAAAAUGUUGCGGCUGCAAUCACGGUUCGAGAAGGUGAAGAGCUCUCCGAGGGAGAAUUGUUGAGCUGGUUUGGACAGAGGGCUGCAAAAUUCAAGAUCCCAAAGAAGGUAUAUUUCACGGAAAACAUGCCCAAGACAGCGACAGGGAAAGUCCAGCGUCGAUUGGUGGCUAAAGCGAUGAACGAGAUUUCAGGAAGAGACCAGAAGGCCAACGAAUUGAUCUCUGCAGCUCCAGGAGAAGAGGAUAACUUGCAGAGUUCCGAGCGCUUUCCAAGAUGGAUUAUGACUCUUGUUUCAAGUCUCUUGUAUUGGAAAUAGUCGCCUAAGCAACAAGCUAAGCAAUCCGCACACGGGAGAACGGUCGCCUUGCAGUUCCAUGAGAACACAAUGGAGCUGUCAAUAAUCUGAGGCCGAGAAGCAGCAGGCAG